GCAGACAUGAGGCAGUGGUGAGAGCCCGGCGGAGAGCUGCGGAGCUGAAAUGAAGCGCACACACGGAGCGGCUCACACCGUGCAGUGCCGUGCGGCUCAGGAAGAGGCUCCGCGCCGCUAAAGCUGAAGGCUGCUCCGGCUGAAUGAAGGGCUCCGUCCAUGCGGAGGCUAGCGCUCAUUCUGCUGCCCUGUGCUGUCGCCGUCCUGGUGCACUUGUGGUUGGCACAACGACCCUCCUCCACCCCGCUGGACAACAACACACACUCGGAUGAGUCGUUACCUUUCUAUGAAGUUUUGGUGGGAGUGCUGUCAGCGAGACACCAUUAUGAACUGCGACAAGCGAUAAGGAAGACCUGGCUGGGCUACCUCCAAGAUCACCCUCACUUCCAGCACAGAGUGGGGGUGAAGUUUAUCGUGGGCGAACAUGGCUGCCCCAUUCCAGAGGAGGACCGAGAGGACCCGUACUCCUGCACCCUCCUGAACUUCACCGAGCCAGUGGCAGGCCAGGAUGCGGAGAUAGAGAUCGUGACGUUGUCUGACCCCUCGGUGCUCGCCCCCUCCGAUGUGUCGGCCAUCGCCCUGGAUUUCAAGGUCCUACACCCGGUGGUGAUUACCAGGCUGGGGGUGUUUCCCAGCGGGACCCGGCCAGAGCUUCAGAACAAUGUGACGGUGAAGCUUCUCCAGCUGGACCAGGAGGAGGCUGUGGUCACUGCUCGUUUUAGUGCCAUCAGCACAGGGACCAUGGAGAGUGGGGUGUGGUACAAACCAGUGGAGCAGUUCAUCUUGCCUAAGGGUUUCGAGGGGACACUGGUUUGGGAGAAUUUGGACUCUGCUGGAUUGACCACAGUCAACUCCUCUUCUGUGCAGCUCAAUGAUGGAGGAGGUGUCCUCAAGAUCUCCUCUAUCGCAGAGGGCAUAUUGCCUCAUAGAAGUGCACUUGGAUUUCCUGGUUUGGCUGGAGGCUUCACAUUUACUAUCUAUGAUGCAGACGGCCUGUCGGAGCUCCUGCGGGGCCGCCCAGCCAGGAUGGAGCACCAUGCCUCUGGGCUGAGGCAGGAGGACGCCACCUUGCAGCAGGAAAGCCUCAGGCACGGCGACAUGGUGUUCGUAGACGUGGUAGACACCUACAGGAACGUGCCUUCCAAACUGCUUCAGUUCUAUAAAUGGUCUGUUGGAAACGCUGACUUUAAUCUGCUGCUGAAGACGGAUGAUGAUUGUUACAUCGACGUGGACUCAGUAUUAAUGAAGAUUGACCAUAAGGGUCUCAAGCGCAGCAAUUUCUGGUGGGGGAAUUUCAGGCAGAGCUGGGCAGUGGACCGCAUUGGGAAGUGGCAGGAGCUGGAGUAUGCUAGUCCGGCCUACCCGGCGUUCGCCUGCGGCUCAGGCUACGUCGUCUCUCGUGACCUGAUCCAGUGGCUCGCCAGUAAUGCAGAUAAACUGAAGGCCUACCAGGGAGAAGAUGUGAGCAUGGGGAUAUGGAUGGCAGCUGUCGGACCACAGAAAUAUCAGGACGCCGGCUGGCUGUGUGAGAAAGAGUGCUACCUGGACAUGCUGUCGUCUCCGCAACACACAGCCGAGGAGCUACACAUCCUCUGGGACAGGAAGAGGGCCUGCGGAGACCCCUGUGGUUGUCCUUGGGGCCACUAAAUCUGGCCCACGACACACUCACCACGCAGCGCUGUGGGUAAAACGCACUCAGCACUGGCUGUCAGCUCAGUUUCUGUGGUGUCCUUAAAACCCCAAACUGAGUCACUUCAGAGUUUUAUCAGUUACUAUGAUUAUAUGAUAAAAACACGAACAGAGUUUUGAAAUGUGGGGACUUAAAAACUUUGAGAUUUCAUCGCAGGUUCUUAAUAUUAACAAAAUACUGUACCAACAUGAACCAUUUGCAGCUUCAGAAUACUUUAAAAACUCACAUGUAGCUGUAGCAUACUGUCAGCAUUUGUAUCAUAAACUCAGUUAUUAAAUUUGAGACUGAAAAUGUCGUCAGUGGAUCAGAUGAAAUGUGGAAAAAGACUGGAUUAAAAGAUAUUUUAGUAAUGUGAUAACUGACAGGGACGGACCAAGACCCAUGUGCAAUCUUAGUAUGUGAUGGUCACCGGGUACAGAAUCACUGCUGUAAGACUUGAGUGCUUUGUAAUAUUAUAAUUAUUGGUACUCUGAUACUCAGCAGACUCAAACCUUUUGGUUUUAAAAGGGAAUAUUUGAUGGAAUUUUAGAGAUGAUUGCUUUACAUUGUUAUAUUUUGUAAAUUAUUGUCUUAAGCUUUUCAUCCUCUUCACGAUUUGUAGAUUUACGACGAGCUUUCUCACAAACACACACAGUUUGUACUGUAACUGUCAUUGUGCAAAUUGUGAUGUGGCCUUACUGUAUUUGUUAGGCGUCAUUCUGUAUGUAUGUUAACACUUGUAAUAUCAGCACAGAUUUAAAUUAGUGUGUUUGCAACACAACUUUUUGGAACUUGAACAAGCAGUCCGAGUGACUGAAAUAGACUCACUAGUUUAACACUGGUUUUAUGAAAUCCUCCUCACAGGUAAUAAAGAACACU